AUGGGGGCCAAGGAUUCAGAGCUGGAGGCAGACCGGACUGGCGACGGCGAGGAGCCGGGGCUGGGAUGGGCUGGGCUAGCGGCGGCGGCGGCGAGGGGCCUGGACGGGUCACUGCCAUCCCUGCCAUCAUCUCUCCUUAGCGCCGUAGCCGGAGCAGAGGCAGAGGGGCCGCGGGGAAGCCGCGCCGUACCGGGGUCGCUGGAGCGCCGGCGCUGGCUGUACCUGCGCACGGGCCGGGCCUGCUGCCAGAUGGUGGAGGUCCUGCUCGCCGCCCUGAUCCUGGUCUGCAGCUCCGUGUCUUGCGGCUCGGCGGGAGGAUACACCGGCCUCUCGGCCCUGGGGGGCAUCUACUACUACCAGUACGGCGGGGCCUACAGCGGCUUCAGCGGAGCGGAUGGGGAGCGAGCCCAGCAGCUUGACCAGCGUUUCUACCUACUGAAGCUGCCUGUUGCAAGGGCAGCUAUGGCCGUGGCAGGGUGUCUCCUGGUCUUCCCUUGUGUUCUUAUUUUGGUUGGUGUUCUGCGGGUCCCGUGGCACCUCCCAGCCUGGCUGCUAAUUGAAUGCACCCUGUACAUAGUGAUUGCAGUUGGCACAGUGCCUGCUCUGUACUAUUUCCUCCAUUCUCUGCUCAGCGUUUAUAAUUCAUCAGUGUGUAAAGAGAGAGAGCAGCUUUAUCAAAACAAAGGCUAUCAGGGCUUCUGGUGCAGCCUUCACGGGGCAGAGAUUGCUGCUGGCCUCUUGGGCUGCCUGGCUGCCAUGGCAUACCUGCUCAGUGCAGGCUUAGCUGUCAGAGAUUACAGGACAGGUCAUGAACAGAAACAGAAGCCACUGCAAUUAUAAAAACUUUCAAAUGAUUCCUCCACUCCACUCCUUACUGAGAUGAAGCAGUAUGCUUUCCUUUCUUUUGGACAGUGCAGCCUUAUUUCUACAGAACACUCACCAAGCUGGCAUAGCUCUAAAUAUGGUAGUCAGGCUAUUCCUAACUUGAAUUUGCAUUACUGAAUUAUUAGUGACUCAAAGCUGAUGCAGUGGGUUGUCUCUGCUUCACAGGCAACCCUUCCAUCCAACUCUCGGGUGUCCCCUUCUCCAGUGAGGCCUUGCUGCAAGUACUGCCACUACAUGCUUCUGCCAAUGAACAGUUUUUUUGUAGCUGAAACUAUCUUUACAAAAGGCAUGUGACUUUGCCGAGAAAAGAGCUUUUAAAAACCUCACAAACUCAGUCUAACUUGUGAUACAAUGCCUUUUCAAACUCCUGGAGAGGGAGUAUUUUUGUGUGAAAUGGUCUUUUUAUAUAACUUGUAUACAAGAGUUUUGCUUUAAAAGAUGCCUUGAAUUGGGAUAAUCAGAUAAAAGCUUUUUUGAGAUCAAAGGGGAGAAGUAUAUUGUUUUCAAAAUACAUUUUCAGUGUACAAGUUGGAGAAAUUAGAUGCUGCUCUUAUUAAUUUUUUUUUUUAGAAAAACUUUUAUAGGAAAUUUAACUGACAAAAGUAGCACUAGAAUCUACUAGCUCAUGCCUCAAAAUGAAUUUCCACUUCAGCACGGUCUCCACUAUGUGUAUUGUUCAUAUGAGGAUGGAACCACCACAGGCUCACAGAUGAAUUCUGCCCACAUUAAAAAAAUCAAACAUACCAGAAAAACAGUUUGCCUUGGACAUAGCUCUUCUUUCACUGGCACCAGUGACUACAUCCUCACAAUUACCAAAACCUUGGAACACUAUUAGAACUAGAGACACUAAAGUGAAACAGAUGCCAAAUAGGGAUGCACUAGGUGCUUUGGGGUUUGAUUUCUUCUGCCUUUUAGCAUCGAGUGUCUCAGCACAGGGAUUUACAUUUUUCUGUUAACAUUUCUGUAUUUCCACUUGCUGCAGCUACUUCUAGAGCCAUACAGUCCUACUGAGAGCAAGCUCACAGGGCAGGAUUCCUCUAGCAGGAAGCAGAAAGCUGCCUUAAUAAUUGUUAAGCCUAAUUCUACUUCUUACAGUGUUCUGAAAGAAGUUUUUGUGUGGAAGGCUGAUGAGUGAAGUAGCACAUAGAGCUCAGUGAAUAACCUGCAGCACAGCUGCUGCUAGACACAGCUACCUUUGACUGGAAUAUUGCAGACAUUUCUUCCAGCACAGUAACAGAAUCAGAAUAAGCUAAGUUAGAUGAAAGUAAAAAUCUUUAUUGCUAAGUCAGCUGAAAAUUCGAUGCAAAAAUACUCUUCCUUCCUGGACUUCUCUAUACAUCUGAAUAAAGAAUCAAUGGAC